UUUGAUGUUUAAUCUACAACCGGAAGUAUUUAAUUAUUGCAAGUUUCCACGCAUGCUCGUAAAGGACCACGCUUCGGCCAUUUUGGAGGAAGAAGAUUUGCAAGACGAACUCCUACUUUGAAUUAGAUGAAACAAUAGCUUUGGUCUUGCUGAUAUUCCAGACAGAAUUAUAAUACCAGAAUAAAGACAAUCAUGGAAGGUGGUGACUACGAUGAAGGUAGAAAAAGACCCUUGGAAGAUGAUGAUGAUGAUGACUGUUGUGAUGGUGGACAACCCAAACGACAAAGAGGUGAAGGACCUAAAGUUGAUUUACGGGUGCUUCUUCAGAGCAAGAAUGCCGGCGCUAUUAUUGGUAAAGGUGGCACCAACAUAAAAAGACUUAGAACUGACUACAAAGCCAGUGUUACGGUACCAGACUCCUCCGGCCCAGAACGGAUUCUUACUAUUUCUGCAGAACUUGGCACAGUCUUAGAAUGUUUGUUAGAUGUUAUUCCAACUCUGGAAGAGUAUAAACAAUAUAAAGGACAAGAUGAUUUUGAUUGUGAGUGUAGAAUGAUGGUACAUCAGAGUCAAGCUGGUUGUAUUAUUGGAAGAGCUGGAUUUAAAAUUAAAGAAUUAAGAGAGAAAACUGGUGCUAAUAUCAAGGUGUUUUCUCAGUGUUGUCCGCAAUCAUCAGAACGUGUUGUACAGAUCUGUGGUAAACCAAGAACUGUUGUUGGUUGUAUUGAGGAAAUCUUUGAACUCUUACAGUCGGCACCACCAAAAGGACCCAAUCAACUGUAUGAUCCACACAAUUUUGAUGAAUUCUUUGCCCAUGAAUAUGGUGGUUUUACGGGUCAAGAUAUGAGAGGUGGUGGCGGCGGAGGUAGAGGUCGCGGAGGACGUGGUGGUGGAAUGAGAGGUGGUCGUGGUGAUUUUGGUGGACGAGGUGGAGGUGGUAGAAUGGGAGGUCGAAUGGGAGGUGGAGGUGGUAUGAGAGGAGGAAGAGACCAGGGUAUGGGAGGUAUGGGUAUGAACAGAAGAGGAGGUGGUGGUGGUAGAAGACAAAUGGAUAAUGGUGGUAUGGGAGGACAGUAUGAUGGAGGUUUUGGUAUGAGUAGAGGUGGUGGUGGAGGUGGUAUGGGUGGUUAUGGAGGUGGAAUGGACAGUUUUGAUGACCGGCCACCAAUGGAUGCACCCAUGUCAUUAACAGCUGGUAUGCAAAGUAACGAACCUGAAACUUCAACUCAAGUAACAAUACCUAAAGAUUUGGCAGGUGCUAUCAUUGGAAAAGCUGGUAGUCGCAUAUCUGAGAUUCGACGUAACUCUGGUGCCCAAAUUGUCAUUGAUGAGGCUCUGCCUGGUUCAACUGAUCGUAUCAUUACCAUUACUGGUUCUCAAGAACAGAUUCAGACAGCACAGUAUCUGUUACAGUCAAGUGUCAAGAGAUACUCCGGUAAAUUUAGUGGUGGCUAUAAUGAUCAAAGAUCAUAAAUGAGAAAAGUUAAAUGAGUUUUAGCUUAUGAACAUAUGAUAUAAAUUUAAAUAUAGUUAUUGUGACUUGUGUUUGUUAUCCAUUUUUAAUAAUUAAAAUAUUAAAAAAACAUUUUGAAUAAUCCAGUAUCACUUUACCUUUUAGUCAUCAAAUCAUCACAUCGUUUCUAUUUUUCAUAGAUAAUAUUAUUAAAGGUUAAAAUUGAAUGUUCUUUUAUGUAGGAAAAUGUUUUCAUUUAAGUCAAAAAGUCAUUUUUCUUCAAAAAUAUGGCUUACUAUAUCUUCUUUUUGAAGAUUGAUUUUAUCGUUGUAAUGUCAUCUAUCAUUUUAAUUGUAACCAGUGUUAUUAAUGUUAACAUAAUGGAAUAAAUCCUGUAUCUUCUGA